AUGUCUCAUCACACCAAAGCAUCCAACACAAGCAGCAUGGAUGCAUCAGAUGARGUCUGCCCAGUCUGCAAAUCCUCGCGCUAUCUCAACGCUUCCCUCCGCUUCCUCAUCAAUCCAGCAUGCUACCACAAAAUGUGUGAGUCCUGUGUUGACCGCAUCUUCACCCACGGACCUGCGCCCUGCCCGAUCAUCGGAUGUCGCCAAACACUCCGAAAGGGUCGGUUCCGCACACAGACUUUCGAGGACAUUGCCGUAGAACGAGAAGUCGAUAUCCGACGAGAUCUAGCAGCACUCUUCAACCGUGGCGAGGACGAAUUCGAGACACUUCGAGACUACAACGAUUACCUGCAAGAAGUAGAGGACUUGGCUUUCGAUCUCAUCACCCCGUCCAAGKCAUCGCGUCAGAAGCAGGAGGAGUACGCGAAGAUGCCCGCUGCUGACCGACCGGCAUGGCUGCUGAAGUUGCGGCCUUCGGUGUCGAAACCCCGGGGUCUAAGAGCUAAGCCCGAGGCCAAACCUCUCACUCCCAUCCGGCCGUUCGAUAUCGAGUUUGAAAGUUCGUACUAUUCACUGGCAAACGAUUAUUCUUGGGACGUUUUGCAGGAUGCGAGCAAAGAUCCGCUGAUCCGCGCCGGAGGUUAUGAUGUCAGCUCUUUCACGAAAAGGGCAUUGUGUGAGGCGUUCUCCGGUCUUGGAUGUUUGGUGGCGAGUGAGGCGUGGGCAAGAGAAGCACGGGAUGUGCAGAUGGAGGAUGUGUUCUGA